CUGAGCCGUCAACAAACCUGUGUUCUUCCUAACGCCCAGUGAGAUGCUGAACAACUCCCGCCUAUUGCCACCAUGAAACCCUUCCGGCCUCUCACUUUUGCACGACCAGACUCGCAGAACGGUGAGCCUCCGGCAAAAAGACAACGAAUCUCGUCCGACACGCACAUCCCAAGCCACCCAGCGGCGAACCGAAAGCCCCUCGAUACGAUUAGCAAUCCCGUACUUCCUCAAUCGUCAGCCAACACUGAAGGAAACUACUACACGGUGCUAUGGCGCAAGUACACAACCAAGAAGAACAAGACAUGGGAUGGAGAUGGCGUGCUUGCCGUAAUUGGUGGGUAUGCCACUCUUACAGAUAGCGAUAGUGGGAAGGAAUUAGGCAAAGGGGCGUGUAAUCGGCCGCUGCUCCCAGGCUCGGCGCUAUCAAUCGGGGGGAAAGAACUCGAGAUCGAGAGUGUGGUCGAUAAAAAGGAUUACCUGUCUGGCCGCAUGUUUCUGGGGUCCGGAGGCUCUGCGCCGGCCAUGCAAAGCAAGAAGGUGGAGACGGGAUACAAGGCGCUGGCUGCGGGCAAGACAAAGCCCAAGACGAAAGGGAAGCGAGAGAGUGAGGUCGAGGGGGGCGUGAUUCCGGAAUACCAGCCAUCUGUGAACCGGAAACAGCAGUUCAAGACACCACUACUUUCGAAUACCGUGCUUCCUCAGCGGAGUUCCUCGAUCCCGCAGCCACGGCAUGAUCCGAACCUGCCUAAUUCGCUGGUCAUGAAGAGGCCAACAAUUUGUCCGAAGGGGAAGCAGAUUGUGGACGUGGUUGUUGACCCCGUGUUGAGCAAGCACCUGCGAGAACAUCAGCGCGAGGGUGUACAGUUCUUGUACGAGUGCGUCAUGGGCAUGCGUUGUGAGGGCGAGGGCGCUAUAAUGGCCGACGAGAUGGGCUUGGGCAAGACACUGCAAACCAUCGCCCUCUUGUGGACGUUGAUGAAGCAGAAUCCGAUUCACGACAGCCCACCGGUUGUCACAAAAGCCCUGGUUGUUUGUCCUGCUGGUCUGGUGGACAACUGGAAGCGCGAAUUCCGCAAGUGGCUCGGAAAUGAGAGGAUAGGCGUCUAUGUUGCCGAUGCCAAGCACAGGAACAUUUCCAAUUUUACCAAGGGAAAGGCAUACAACAUAAUGAUAGUCGGGUACGAGAUGCUUCGUAUCGUUCAAGACGAGUUGAAAAAGGGCGGUGGCAUCGACAUCGUCAUUGCGGAUGAAGGUCACAGGUUGAAAACUGCAAACAACAAGGCUAUGCUUGCGAUUCAAUCCCUCAAUACUGAACGACGCAUUAUCCUGUCCGGCACACCCCUCCAAAACGACCUAGGCGAGUUCUUCACUGCCAUCGACUUUGUGAACCCAGGCCUUCUCGGGCAGCGGUCCGCUUUCAAGCGUGCGUUCGAGGUCCCGAUCUUACGAAGUCGACAGCCAGAUGUCAGCGAAAUAGAACUCGAGAAGGGUGAGGCACGAUGGAAAGAGCUCGUGUCUCUGACUAGCCAGUUUAUGAUUCGACGGACUGCAGAGGUGCUGAGCAAGUACCUCCCACCAAAAACAGAACACAUUGUGUUUUGCAAGCCAACAAAAGCGCAAGCAGAAGCGUAUCGCGCUGUCCUGUCCUCACCCAUCUUCGCAGUUGCCAUGGGAAACACAGACAUGGCGUUGCAGCUUAUCAACGUGCUGAAAAAGAUUUGCAAUAGUCCUUCCCUUCUCAAGUCGAAGAAGGACAACGACGACACUCCAUCUGAGAUGCUGCAAACACUCUUGCCACUUAUACCGCCCAGUGUCUUGAACUCGCAUGCCUCCAGUACUAAGCUGCGACUGCUUGAUAGCCUGGUACAUCGCAUCUACACAACGACAGAAGAGAAGAUCGUCAUCGUAUCCAACUACACAAUGACGCUAGACAUGAUCGAACGCUUGCUGGUCUCGCUAUCAUACACGUAUCUGCGUCUCGACGGAAGCACACCCGCCUCGAAGCGUCAGGGUCUUGUCGAGAAGUUCAACAAAACCCCCAAAACCGCGGCUUUUGCUUUCUUACUCUCUGCCAAAUCCGGUGGUGUUGGCCUGAACCUCAUCGGCGCGUCUCGCAUCGUGUUGUUCGAUAUCGACUGGAAUCCCGCCACGGACUUGCAAGCCAUGGCGCGCAUUCAUCGCGACGGCCAGAAGCUGCCGUGCAAGGUGUACCGAUUCCUCGUGAAAGGCGGUCUGGAUGAGAAAAUCUACCAGCGCCAAGUCAUGAAGAUGGGUCUUGCGAACGCAGUCGUGGAUAACAAGGCCUCCGCAUCUUCGUUCUCGAAAGACGAGUUGCGCGACUUGUUCCGUUUAGAUGAGCGUGAGGGAUGCCAAACGCACGACCUACUCGGCUGCACGUGUGACUGCAAAGGCGCCCCGGAAGUCAAGCUUGAAGCCCCCGAAAUCGAAGACGUCGAUGAAGAAGACGACGAAGAAGAUGAUUACCCUCUGCUGCAACAAGCAAGUGCGGUCGACAUGGAAGCACAGGAAGCUCGGCUCAAGGCUCGACGUGCGGCCAAGUUGCCGAAACUGAGGAUGUUGAUGGAGUAUCGACAUAUUGAUGCGAAGGCGAUGCGUGGGAAGGACGAGGAGGAUAUGAAAGCUGCGGUCGAUGAUGACGUGUUUGUGGAUGUUUUGAAGGAGGAGGGGUGUAAUGUCGGGUUCUUGCUGACGAAAUCUUCGUCGUAGGGAGGUGGUUUGACGGAGACUUGCAGAUGAGGUGCAUGGUUAGGCAUGUGUCUUGAUGCCUUAAUUCUACGCCCUCUUGUUGAAGAAUCUUACUAGACAACAUCCUCUCAUUUCCGUCUGGUGAUGUGAAAUGUUUACCUCUAUUCAUAUCAUAUAUUUCUAUGUCUUCCUGUUUACAAAUCUUGAGCCGUUAGGAUUGUACCGGUCAGAUCGAUAUCAAUAUACACAUGGCACUCCUGUUCU